AAAGUUGAAUAUGGAGGCAAUCAGCAUGAUGGAUGGAAGCUAAGAUGGAAAAUACAGGCGUACAUUCGAUGAAUUUUAUUCCAUUUGUUUCAGCGAUUUUAAAAUGAAGCAUUUGACAUAUAUAGAUAACACGGACAAUCUUCGUGCCCUUGUAAGACAAGAUCUAAGGGAAUUGGGCAUCAAAGUACCUAAAGGGAAGAAGUCAAAAAAAUUCAACACCAAAACACAGGACAAACAAGAUGACAAAAUAUUUGGAAACUACUUAUCACAUGUGUCGUGUGUCCAUGAAGAAGACUGUGGCUAUAUACCAAGGUUUCUGGUGGAUGCCGCAGUUCUUAUCAGAAAAAAUAUCGAGCAGGAAGGCUUGUUCCGGAAGUCUGGUGCUGUCAGUCGACAGAAGGAAUUACAGCAUCAGAUUGAACAAGGAAAAGGUCUAUCAGAAGCCAAUGUGUUCGACGUGACAAGCUUAAUCAAGCAGUUUUUCCGUAUGCUGCCUGAACCUCUCUUCACCAGUACCUAUCAUGACACGUUCAUCAAAUGUUUCCAGCUCGGAGACACAGAAGCUUCUCACCAGGCCGUUCUCCUGCUUUGUCUGCUACUUCCUGGAGAACACCUCUGUACACUAAGGUUCAUGAUGAAGCUUCUGUCCGACAUUGCCAGCCAUUCUGACAAGAACAAGAUGGACCCCACAAACCUGGCUGUCGUCCUAGCACCCAAUAUGAUGCACAUAAACAACAAAAGUGAGAAAAUGAACUCGUCAGAGGAGAAGCUACUACAGGUGCAGACAUCAGUUGUGGAGUUGUUGAUUCGGAAUGCGGAGAGCGUGGGUAUGAUCUCGGACAGCCUCCACGAGAGAGCAUUGUUGAUGACCGAGGUUUUUGGCACAGAUGAUGAACUUGAUGUCACAGAAGAAACGCUUGAGGAAUCACGGGACUGUCGGAAGAAGGAAAAGAAAAGGAAACGUUCAGGAUCAUUUCAGGGUCUUGUGAGUACCAUUGCACAGAGUAUCACCAAGUGGAGGAAGAGUACGGACGGAAAGGCAGGCAAUAUGAGUCAGGCCAGUAAUAUGAGCCAAACCAGUGCAUACAGCAACCUAAGUCACGCCAGCAUGGCCCACAACCAGAGUUCUGUGGUGCAGGCCGCACCCUGUCUACCCACAGACGCCGAGUGUAUGGCCACGCCUGUCGUCAUGAGGAAGCGCAAAGCCUCAGGAGAAAUGCUGCCGUUCUCAGCUCACAAAAAGAAGGCUAUCCUGCAGAACCUGCCAAACCAGGCUACACUGGCCAACACUCCAUUUACACCAGCCUCGGGGGUCAAGAGAAUGGACAUCAGUGAGAUGAGGAGAACAGGUACUCUCAACACACCCAACAUCGCGUUCAGCAGUAAGGAACAGCUGGCCUUCAGUGCUACACCCUGUCAGGCGGGCAAGAACACGAGGAAACGCCUCAAUCUCUUCAGCCCCAACAACACGCGCAAAGGCAAAAAACUCCCCUCGGGUUCCAAUAUAUCCAUAUCUGCUGCCAACAAAAAGGGCAAGUGUAAGGGUCUGUUCCGCAGGCUCUCCGGAGGAAAAGGGGACAAGCAGCUACCUGAGCGUCCCAGAUCUACACAAGGCAGACAGGUCGGUCAAAGACUAGCCAUUCCUCCUGGAAAAAAGCCAAGCAAACAAGACACCACAAGCCAUACAAACAACACCAAACCUUCAGACACUACACAUGGGCAGUCACCUAUCAGGGCCAUAGUGGAUCAAUCGGUCCUCUCUCCAACUCUACCCGAGCAGUCUGUCCUUUCUAUGACUGAGGAGGACACCAACUCCCUUAACGAGGGUUUUAUCGAUGAAGAUGGUGAUAUAUCAUCAAUGAGUGCUAAUAUUUCCUGUGUGGAUAAUUCUGACUUGCUGCCACGAUCCUGUCUGUCAGACUCUGCUGUCAAUGAUAUGUCCCAACAUGUAUCCUUAGACGAACAAAGUUCCAUUUCCUCUAAGUCAGCUCACCAACUUCAGCGACGUGGUACACUGAGGCGUGGUCGGCCUAAUUCGCUAAAGGCUGGUUUACUUCAGGGCGAAAAAGACAAUGUCAUGAAGUUGAGGCGUAGUUUUGGCCUUGAUAAGUCAGAGAUAGGCGAACCAGUUCCACUGUACAUACCCGAUACAUCAGGCUAUGUUAACAUGAUUCAGCUUGGAGACAGCUCAGGAGGAAGUCAGUCAGAUCCAGACAAGGAGGAAAACUCGAUGGACAUUUCAGAAUUGAUAUCUGAGCAAAAGUCCUGUACUUCAAUCUCCAGUGAAGGUACAGGUAAUGAUAAUAUUGAUAAAAUUCCUGUGUCUGAUUCGAAAUCUCCAGGAAGUGACAAUUCAUCUGCCGAGGACAGUCAUACGAAGGGUUCAAAAAUAAACUCCCGUGAGAGUAUGGACAGUUUACUUAGUGGUCAAACAGAUUCCUCCCCAUUGUCACCAAAAAAUGAAAAGAAAAAUUUUCCAAGAUCUAUAUCUACUGACAGUGGGAAGGGAUCUAUGUUAGAGGAAAUGGGUGUUUUAGAAAAUACAGAUAAUUUUAAAAAUAGAACAAACAUUGUGGUAGAAAAUAACAAGAACGGUGAGAACAAGAUGAAUUGUUCAGAACCUGCGGUUAAUUCAGCUUUAGUAAGUAAAGACGAUAUCAAAACCACAGAUAAAAAGUUAAAACGGUUUGUCUCUACAUUAGAUAUGAAAACAAUGACGGCUAGUGUUAGCAGGUCCCAUAGCCUCCAUGUAAGUUCUGUGUCAAAGAAAAAUCAAAACCACACCCCAAAUCUACAGAUUUCGUCAGAGACGCACAAUCUAUUGUUGAGGGCAGGGUACUUAGGAAACAAACAAAAGGAUACGUCAAAAGAGGAUAUUCAGGUAAUGGGCCCACCACAGAACAUUAUCAAACAUGCUGAAGCAGCCAUCCCAAAACAUGAGAGCAUCAUGGAGCUGCAAACAAACAUGACAGGAAAAGUGAAAACAUGUGUCAAAAGUCUGGAGACCGAUGUUGUCGAUCGUCAUGCAUCGCCGUACAGAUUUGCAAAUUCUGUUUCUCGCAAAAGGGGAUGCUCCCCUGUUAGGAUACCAACGAUCUUUACCAAAAAUGAGAAAGAAGUUGCCAUGGUAAAGGACAUUGUGCACGUCAACCCCAAGUUAGGUAAAGGUCAAGCCCGACUACCAAUUUCGACACAUCUUUUGAAGCCCACCGAGUCGUCAACCCAGCAGCAGAGGCCAGCCUCGGGUGUUUCCAGUCAGCUGUCCCGUAAGCCUAGUAUCUACUACACAAAGGAUCAGGACAGGCCCCACAUCAAAAGCUCUGUGAAAAAUGUUCCUGAUAUUACUGAAGAGUCUAUGGACAUAUCAGAUGACACAGCGGUGAAGAAUAAGGAAAACUCCAGCUCUGAUAAUGAAAGUGAUCACACACCAAAAUCUCAGGGUACUUCAAGGGAUUCAAAAGAUGACAUUUGUACACCUCUCGGUGAAAAAACUGAACUGUCUAAUUCAUUUGAUCUCGACGCAACACCAACAAAUGCUACGUUAUCAAAAGUGCCCGGUAUCAAACUGCCAAUUUUACCAGGUAACCUUAGUCAGCGGGUUUUCCUGAGAACAUCUGGGGGACAUACACCGCGACACAUCAACAGGAACAUGUCAAAGUCACCACGUUCUCCUGUUAAACCUGUAAAACGUCUCGGCUCCCCAGGGUCUCCCUGUCGUAAUACACCGCGCAGACACACAUCUCCAGGCCGACAGAACAGGGUGCGCCUUACAUCAAUCCCUCACCACCUACAGGGCGAUAUGGACAGUGUCUAAGGAUAUCUCAUCUGUAGUACAGACAGAGUGGAUCUGUUUGGCGCUUCCAGUUGUGCAUAAUAAUAAUUGCUUUGGUGCUGUGGGAGCUGAUAUAAUGAUUUUAUUGAUUUAAUACAAGUUCUGAUUUUCGAAGGUGGUUAUGGAGUAGAUACAUACAUAACUCCAAAGACUUUAAACUUAUGUGGUUAUGUAUAAUUUCUACUGCAUGUACAAUUCAUAAUUUUGUACUGGAAUUUCAUUGGUUCAAUGCUCUUAUCCCCAGUCAAGGAAACUCUAUGUUGUGUGUCUCUUAAUAUUGAAUUUUUAAUUGUUGGUCUCUUUGAAUCGCUAUUUUAUGGGAGUGUGUUUACGAUAAGAAUAUAAGUUAGUUUUGUUAUGAUACAAAAAUCAUGAUGAAACAUUUGUGCUUUUUAGCUGGGAAUGUUGAUAUAGACUGUUGUUUCAGUGUAUGUCUUUCGCAUUUAAUUUCAACAUUUUAUGAUUGUUUCUUUAUGUAUGUAUUUCAGUUUUUUCCUUUAUGGUUUAUUUCUGUUUAGGUACUAAGUGGUAAGGUAGAUUGUUUUGUCAUGAUUUGAAAUGUAUACAACUGAACAGUUCUAUAGGCUGAGGGCUAGAAGGUUUUAUAUUGGGGCCCUGUGGAAAUAUGUAGGGCUGAACAGUUCUAGAGGCUCACAGCUAAGGUGCGGGGUAGUAGCUAAUAUAUAGGUUUUAUAUCGAGGCCCAGUGAAAAUGUAUAGGGCUGAACAGUUCCAGAGGCUGAGGGCUAGUUGGUUUUAUAUCGCGAGCCCUGUGGAAAUAUAUAGGGUUGAACAGUUCCAGAGGCUUGGGGCUUGUAGGUUUUAUAUCAGGAGCCCUGUGGAAAUAUAUAGGGCUGAACAGUUCCAGAGGCUUGGGGCUUGUAGGUUUUAUAUCGAGGCCCUGUGAAUAUGUAAAGUACAGAGUAAAACUCGAGGGUGGACUGGAAGAAAAUCAUUAUUCAAGCUAUAGCUAGUGUUUGACAUUGUUCAUCUUUGAUUAUUACUUUUGGUUUGAUAUUAUCGAUGAACAUACUAUUUACAAGGCUUAGUUCUCAUUUGGCAAAUUCAUACAAAUGUAGCGUACGAACAGGGUUGAAGAUACGAUUCAUGUUAAAACAAGGAUCGUUUUAUUUUAAUUCCCACUUUUUCUCCUCUUAACCUAUCCUCAUUCCUAUUUACUGUAAAAAUGUAAAUAUCUAUAUAUCAUUUAUAUUCCGUCAUACCCACAUGUGUCUUAUAAAUCAACAUUAUUUGUUUUAUGUACAAUUUAUAAAGAUAUAUUUUACGUUUGUACCAUUUCCUAUAUGAGACACGCACGACUAGAAUGGAUCUGAAAUUUCAAUUUAACAACAAGAACAGAAUGUAACAACUUACUUUAAGGAAUUGUAUGUUAUUCAUCAAAUCUCUUAUUGCAUGUCUCUUAGAUUGGGUUUUCUCCCUUCAUUCGCAGAUAUAUCUCGCGUUUUACCUGUCGUUUUCAUCACCCUACAACUCAAAUUAAAAGGGCUUCUGUACAAAAACUGUUUGCAUUCUUCAACAAAUAGCAAAACGCCAGUUUCACUUAGUAUAUUACAUUCAUGUAUAUUAUUAUUGUGAAAUCACAGGCACUUGUAUCUGAUAAUUAACACUGACAGUUAGAAUCCAAUUUCUUUGAUAUACAAUGUAUACCAUGUGGUCAUGUUGAGGAUAUCUAUUGCAUCAUAAUUCUGGGUGUUAAGUACCAGAUACAAGUACCUGUGCAUUAAUGCAAUACAUUUAACGACUUGGUGACCGGUUGAUGUACAAGAAUAAGUGGAAUUAUAUAUUUUUGGGGAAAUGGCACCAUUGAUAAAUCAUUUGUAGAAAAAGGUUUUAAAACUGUUUUGCUAAUUUGCAAAUAAAUAAAUUAUAUAUACAUAUUGAACAUAUAUGAUAUAAAUUGUACCAUACAUAAUUACGCAGACAGAAUUCUGAAGAAUGUUCUAGUGUAGUAUCCAUAUAGCUAAUCAUAGUACUGUUGUAAAUUUGCAUUGAAUUUCGAGCAUAAUAUCAAAAUUUUGUUUGAACAGUACACACUAAAGUGCCUGACCAAUCAAUGAAAUAGACUGAAGAAGAUAUGAAUAGGAUUUGUGAUACUUUUUCCAAUGUUCAUGUAUUAAUGAUAAAAACAAUAACAAUUUUCCUCCCAGAAUUUGCUGGUGUAGAAUACAUCACCAUCAAGAAUGUUUGUGUGGACGUCAUAUUCUUGUGAUAUAAUAGAAUGAGUAUUGAUGACACACGGUUCUCAUAUUCCUUCUGAGAAGGAUUUUUGAUAAACAUAAAAGGGGUGACUUUCAAGUGAAGGAAAUGUCUAGUCAUCUUGCCAUUCUUGUUAAGUUUUUCAUUUUGACCAUAGAAAGUUUCUUUCUUCUUUCAUGUUGAAACUGCUUGGAUUAAUUAUUUGAAUGUUGGUGUUAUGAAGAGUGGUAUAUGUGAUUUGCUUUACUGACGUUGUGGUAGGGUUUAAUGGUACAUAUUAAGGUGCUAAAGGUCAUACCAGUCAGCCGUAUUCUCUUUGUCUAAUGUUUAAAACAUAGGUUUUAAUCCUCAUGGUUACCUGAACCAGAAAAGUUUCUUUUUUCUACAUUGUAUUCCUGAUUACCACCAAUGGUGGAACAGUUUUUGUCUCGCCUGCGACAGCAAGACUAGUGUUGCUUUUCAGCCGGCAGCAGUGUCAACAUUUCACUUUAAAGUUUUGUGUUUAGCUCAGUUUCUCAAAAAGUAUCAAUAUUAUUUCAACCAAACCUAGAAUAUAGUUGCAUUGUAGCAUGGACAUCGGAACACACCUGCAGAUUACUUGAGUUCAAAUUUUUUGCUGUAGUUUUGGUUUAAAAUUCUUUGAUUUUGAGAAAUUGAUAUAAAAUCUUCUCCAAUUGAUGUACAAAUUUGCUUUAAGCCCAUUUAAAGAGGAAUGAAAUUGAUAAUAAAUCAGAUUAUUUUCUUCUCGCUUUUCAGAAAAAAGACAGGUGGUUUUUGAGAAUUAUUGAUUUUACGAAACUUGAUACUUGUUUUGUAUUGCAUCAAUAUUUACACAAGUCAAUAAUGUCUGUUUUUUUUUUUUUUAAAUUCAAGUGAAAUUUUGGAGUUUGCAUAAAACUCAUUAUACUGAAAAAACAGGACAUCGAGAAAUAUGAUUGCAUGGAAUUCUUAUGUAGGUGAUGUGAACUUUUAUUUGAUGACCGCUUGCUGCGCCACAAUUGCAAGUGAUCCCCAUAUAUGUGAAAAUUGUUAGUUUGUGAUCAAUUACUCUUACUUUAUAAUUCUUGUCGUUACUCGCCUACGACCACACGCCUUAAGAGUAUAGUUUUAUUGUAAUGGGCUGUACAUCAUACAUUUUUUAAUCACUUUAUAAACUUCUCAUAAUCAAGAUUUUCAGAUAAAUUUUGCAUCGUAUUCUGAGAUAUUUCCAUCAUUGUAUUCCAUCAGUGAAAUUGUGAUCUCCUACAAAAAAUGCUGUCUCAUCAUUUUUACGUCUGUGUGAGAUAUAGGAUGGAACCAGAUUACUGUACUCUCUCAUUCUACCUCACAUGUCUCUUCCUGUCAUCCUUGAUAUUACACAACAUCUUUACUAGAUCUGGAAAAGUAUUUAUCAUACAAACUUUAGUUCUCAGGCCGAGGUUUCGAUUGUGUCAAAUGGCUAUUAAACGUUCGGUAGCAAUAGAGUACAGAAUAAUAUAGAAGUUUUAAAAUCUAAUCUAUAACAAGUACAUAUUUUGAGUUAUGUUACUUCCUGAAACUUCUUAUAUGUUUGUCAGCUUGUAGAUUAUUCUUUGUUCUUCAUAUGUAUCCUUUGUUAUCAGCAAAAGUUUAAAAAUUUGUAUGAAAACACAUGUUGUGUACAGGUAUUUAGCUGCGAUGUACCAAUUGUGUAUGUACCUGCGAUGUGUGUACAGUACUGCCCAUUUUUACUGUUAAAACAUUUAAUACCUUAUACCGUCAAAUAUAUCAUUUUUAUUGGAUCACAUGUAUUUUUCAUUUCUCACUUUUCGAUCCUUCAUCCAUACUUAACCUCCGUAUAGGUAUGUGUAAUACUUACACAACUGAUAAGAAGAUUCACAAGUGAACAAGAAACUACAGAAAACUGUUCUUUAGUCUAUAUUAGGUGGAAUGUUUCACCUAGUUCAUAUAGGACAACACUGUUUAUUAUCAACUAUGUGGUACCAACUAUUAGAAAAAAUCAUUUUUCCGAUAUUGCAUUUAAUCGCAUCUUUUUAGACUUAACAAAUUUCAAUGGAGGAAAAUCAUUUAGAUAUGUUACUUUCAGUAUGAAAUGCAUUAGAAGGUGCAUUUGAAAAGGGAGAUAAUCCUUUUUAUGAAGAUCUCUAGAAGCAGUGGUACUCCAAAUGAGACCUCAAUAAAUUAUUGAGUUAUGUAUUUAUCUGGCUUUCCAGCUGGGCUGUGAAUCACUGUAAUAGAAUUAUUUUGUGUGUAAUCAUGGUAUUUUAGUCAAGAAUCAUACAUUGCUUUAGCUGCCAUAUGAUAAUGUAUUAAAAUAAAUGCAAAAAAAAAA